AUGGCGCCUCAGAUCUAUAACUUCACGCCGUGGCAGUCGCUGGUGGGCGGCGUGAUCAUCGGCAUCGCCGCGUCGCUGCACCUCCUCACCACGGGCCGCAUCAUGGGCGCGUCGGGCGUCGUCAACGAGUCAAGCGUCGCGUCGCUGCACCUCCUGACCACGGGCCGCAUCAUGGGCGCGUGGGGCGUCGUUCAUGUGUUCCUCGCGUCGAUGACAGCCGUCGGAUCGUUCACGAUGCUCAUCAACAGCGGGCACGCGUUCGGGUCCAAUCCCCCGUCCGUGGGCGACGAUCCGGGCCUCGCGCUCAUUCUGCCCAUCGCCGCGGGGCUACUUUGCGGCUUCGGAUCGCAGUUAGGCAGCGGGUGCACGUCCGGCCACGGCGUGUGCGGCUUGCUGCGCUUCUCCCCGCGCAGCUGCCCACCUCCCUCCUCUCCCUCCCCUUUCCCCCCCUCCUCUUACCCCUCUCUCCCCAACCUCAAUCAGUUGGGCAGCGGGUGCACGUCCGGCCAUGGCGUGUGCGGCUUGCCGCGCUUCUCACUGCGCAGCGCCGUUGGAGUGGCCACCUUCAUGGCUACAGGCGCCGCUACAUCCAUGACCCUCGGGGCUAUCGCCACCGGCGCUACAGCCGCGAACCGCCCCCCCGGCGAGCCCAUCCCAGCCACCAACACGUGGCUGCUCGUGCUGGCGGUUUGUGCUACAGCCGUGGGAGCUAUUAUCGCGUACAGAUGCCCGUACUGUAACGAGUUUCUUGAUGGCGGAGCUGCUAGUGGUGCUAAUGGUGGUGCUGCUGGUGGGGCUGCUGGGGAGUCGGCAUCGCUUGCUAAACCGGCCUGCUCUAGUGGGGCGUGCUCCCUCUCCCCCUCUGCGCCCUCCGCCUCCUGCUGUUCCGCGCUGCUCCAUCCCGUCAACGUGCUCCGAGCGUCACUUGUAACGGGAGCCAUUUUCGGCAUCGGUCUCGCUCUCAGUGGCAUGUGCAACCCCUACAAGGUAAAGGACUUUUUCGACCCAGUGCACGGGUGGGACCCCAGUCUCGCUUUUGUGAUGGGCCUGAUUCCCUUCCACCCCAUCAUCCCUCGCUACCUAUCCCACCAGCGUUCAUCCCAUUCCCCAUACAGGUGCAACCCCUACAAGGUAAAGGACUUUUUGGACCCAGUGCACGGGUGGGACCCCAGUCUGGCCUUUGUAACGACUCUGACUCUCCCCAUCCCCCCUCAUUCUCCGUACAGGUGCAACCCCUACAAGGUAAAGGACUUUCUAGACCCAGUGCACGGGUGGGACCCCAGUCUGGCCUUUGUAACGACUCUGACUCUCCCCAUCCCCCCUCAUACUCCAUACAGGUGCAACCCCUACAAGGUAAAGGACUUUUUGGACCCAGUGCACGGGUGGGACCCCAGUCUCGCUUUUGUGAUGGGCGGCGCCGUGGUUGUCAACGUCGUCACCUUCCGCUUCAUCCUCGCCCGCCCCAACCCGCUCUUUGACACCAAGUUCUACGUGCCCUCGCGGAAUGACAUCACCUGGGAGCUGGUGGUUGGGUCGGCAAUCUUUGGCAUCGGUGAGUGCCACAGCAUGUUCACUUGCAAGGUUUGA